AUGGUAAAUAUGGCAGAUAAAAUCUCAAUGUGGAAGUCCGACUUAAUUAGCGGCAAAUAUAAUAAAAUUUUAAUGAGAAUGAGUACAUUCGAACAGUUUAUCCCCAAAAGUACGAGGGAAAAGGUUAAAAAAAUUUUAAGGGAAAAUAAACCACAUGUUUGUAUUUAUUUAGGGUUUUUUGUGGCUCUCCUGAUGGUGUACACGUUCAUUUCAAGCGGAGGCUUCUCUUUCCUCUUAACACUCUCCUCUUUAGUCAGCCUUCUAUCUUUCCUUAUUUUAGGAUUUUGUAUCGAAACCACUAAAAGCUCUAAAGGAAUCUCACUUGAAACCACAGUUUCGUAUGUGUUUGUGUUCCUAUCGAGGUUGCUCUCAAUUUUAGUACACCAAGGGUAUCUUCCGACUGAUUCCUCAGGCGACUAUAUGUACCAAUUAUCUGAGGUUUUAUGCUUCGUAUUCUCCGUUUACAUAGUGUUUGCUUGCAAAUUUAAAUAUUCGGAUACAUACGAAAAAGAUAAUGAUAAAUUAAAAUGCAGUUUUAUAUUGGUGCCGUGCUUCUUUCUGGCGCUGUUUGUACACCCAUCACUGAAUCGUUUCUUUCUCACCGAUGUGUGCUGGGCAUUUGCUUUAUACGUAGAGACCGUGUGCGUAUUACCCCAACUCUUAAUGUUCCAAAGAUCGGAUAAGGUGGUUCCAGCAAUGGCACACUUCACAGCAGCUCAAUCACUGUCAAAAAUCCUGUCAUUCGUAUUCUGGCUCUCAACAUACUCUGAACUAAACUCUAAGGGGAAUAUAAUAAAACCAUUCGUUGGCCACUGGGUCAUUUUCACGCAGCUGGUUCAAGUACUUCUUGUUGCAGAUUUUGUCGUUCACUACAUCAAGUGUAUUACUAAAGGAAUAUCGGUCGAGUUCAUCAUGUCUGAUAAUGUAUAA